AUGAUCAAAAACAUCCAAUUUAAGAGCAAGAAAACCUCAUCGUCACCUCUGGGAUCUUGUGAUGUGGAGACUGUACAUCAGCUGAGAAUGCUUCAAAAUCGGUUGAUGCAGUGGCAAUAUGUGAAUGCUCAAGCUGAUGCAGUGAAAGAAAAGAUGACUAAUCAAGUGGAGAACAAUUUGUUGUAUGCUUGGGAUACCAUCACAAACUUGGAACAUUUAGUGUUGCAUAAGAAGUUACAACUUCAGAAGGAAAGGCUUGAAAUGAAGCAGCUAGACUUUAUACUCAUGUCUCAAAUUAAGCCAUCGGAAUCUUGGGGUGAGAUGGAAGGACAACACUUAGCUGUUUCCAUGAUGAAAGAGUGUCUACGUUCUGUUGCUUGCAAAAUACCUCUUAUCGAAGGAGCUAAGUGGCAAUAUGUGAAUGCUCGAGCUGAUGCAGUGAAAGAAAAGAUGACUAAUCAAAUGGAGUGGCAAUAUGUGAAUGCUCGAGCUGAUGCAGUGAAAGAAAAGAUGACUAAUCAAAUGAAGAACAAUUUGUUGCAUGCUUGGGAUACCAUCACAAACUUGGAACAUUUAGUGCUGCAUAAGAAGUUGCAACUUCAGAAGGAAAGGCUUGAAAUGAAGCAGCUAGACUUUAUACUCAUGUCUCAAACUGACUUGUGA